GCAGUUGCUGCAGCUGCCACUGUCGCCAUCCGCGCCACUCCUUCUGCUGCCCUCACUCUUGUUUGCGCCUCCUCCCUCAGCUCCUCCUCCUGUUGCUGCUCCUCCUCCUCUUCUCGUCUCCUCGUUCUUCCUCUCCCCAGUGCUACUGAGUGAAGAUCUGUAGCUGCAACCUUUACUGUCCCGGGAACCAUGGCUUCUGGAGUAACUGUGAAUGAUGAAGUAAUCAAAGUUUUUAAUGACAUGAAAGUAAGAAAAUCUUCUACACAGGAGGAAAUCAAAAAAAGAAAGAAAGCUGUUCUCUUCUGUUUAAGUGAUGACAAAAAACAAAUAAUUGUAGAGGAAGCAAAGCAGAUCUUGGUGGGUGACAUUGGUGAAACUGUAGAGGACCCCUACACAUCUUUUGUGAAGUUGCUCCCUCUGAAUGAUUGCCGAUAUGCUUUGUAUGAUGCUACAUACGAGACAAAAGAGUCUAAGAAAGAAGAUCUAGUUUUUAUAUUCUGGGCUCCUGAAUGUGCACCUUUAAAAAGCAAGAUGAUUUAUGCUAGUUCUAAAGAUGCCAUUAAAAAGAAAUUUACAGGUAUUAAACACGAAUGGCAAGUAAAUGGCUUGGAUGAUAUUAAGGAUCGUUCAACGCUUGGAGAGAAAUUGGGAGGCAAUGUAGUAGUUUCACUUGAAGGAAGACCUUUAUAAAAUGACAGUGAAGUGCCAUCCAGAAGUAGCUUCUAUUUCUGCAGCUCUGUCAGUUGGAAAAUAGUGUUAGAUUUUUGUCCUUUACCAUACUCUACCCAAAACCAUAAAGGAGAUGUCAGUAAUUUAAGCAGCCUACCAGGGAUUGCCAUUAGGUUGUUUGAUCCUGGUAGUUAUAUGUAGCCAAAAAGGUGGUAUUAUAUGCAUCCCUUACAGAACUAAGAUAAGUAUAAGUCAGUUUGAAUGCUUUGAAAGUGUGAUCCACUCGUCAGAUGCUAAACUUUAUUCAGUAUUACUUAGAGUUGCACCUGAUUGCAGUUCCUGAAGUUAUUGUGCUUUGUACACCUAACCUGCCUUUUAACACGCCUAUUGUGACAUGGCAGCAUUUAUACAUAUACAUAUAUGUGUAUGUAUAUACACACACAUAUAUAUUUAUAUGUGUAACUAUACAUUGAAGCACUUUUAUGUAAUAAGGUUGUCCCCAUCAAAAAGGAAUGCCAAUUAAGUUGUUAUAACUAUCAUUAAAUUAUUGUAGUUACCUCAGUGUCCAUUCCUAUUAUCUACAUAUUUUCCUAAAUGAAGUAGUAGCUCAUGCCUUUUUAUUUUCCAUGAAUGUACACUACAGAACCAGGGGUAGGAGUUGUGUUUACCAUGUGAGUCUUACAGUACUAAAGAUAUUUUGAAUAAUGUAGUUGUAAUGCCAAUUUCUGUAUGAAAAGAGCCUUAAAUGGAACAUUGUUUUUGAGAUCAAAUUCCCUUCCCCCACAAAAUUGGCCACGCUACAAUAAAACUUGUGGCUUAUUACAGAAUGUUGCCUUGUUUUCCUUGAAAAUAUAGUUUAGUAUGCUUCUGUUAAGCAUAUUUUGAAAACUGUUGUUUUGAAGUAUUGUAAAGGUAAACAUAUAUUUGUUCAUCUCAACAUGGCUAAUUUGUGAAUUUUCCGUGUAGUUGGCAUAACUUUCAUGACCAGAUUUUGAUUUGGUUGGAAAUCCUACUUUUGUAGCAUGUAGCCAUUAAAUUAAUAGAUACCUAUGUUACACCACAGUAAUUCUAUAGUAACAUUUCAGAUUUUUAAGUUUGAAAAUCAAAUUAGUUUUUGCAUUUUUACAUGAAUUCUUAUCUGAUUACUUUUAUUAAAAUACAGUAACUACAUGUUUUGUGUAAUAUAUUCACAUUUCAAGACAGUUGGCAGUCUUUGUCUUCCUUUGUUGUGUUGGACAGAAUUUGGGAAAUAGUCUUUCUCUGAAGAAUAUAAUAAUACUCGUGAUACAGGGUUUCUUUUAUAAGCUCUUCUUAAAUUCUAAAAACUAAAAUGAAUAAGAUUUUGAUAAUCAAGUUUUAACAUUAGUUGGGGGAUUUGGUAGAGUUCCAAAGGCUACUCUUAUAGAGAAUUUGAUCUGCCCUGUGUGAGCAGUUUACUGUUAGCCAGAGCUAUUUAUGGCAGACACAUGCUUUUGUAUCGUGUCAUAGUUAUUCACAAAUGGCAAAACUGGACAUGAUUCUACUGGUAUGUAAAAAGGCAUGUUAAUUGUAGUUUGAAACAUAGCUAUAAAAAUACUUUUUAUGAGGAAGAAACUGAGAAAUACAAAUUUUUUUUUUAUUAUUACAAAACACAAGCAAAAUUGAUGCUUGAAUGCAAUUAGAUACUUGCCAUAUUUGGGAAUUUUUUCAGAAGAAAACUAUAGGUUAAUUCUCAGGCAAGAAGACAUCAGUUUUAAACUGUGAAUGGCUUGGGACUUUUAUAUAGAGAUUUUAUUUCAGGCUUCCAGCUGUUUUGUGUAUUACUCUGGUCAUUUUUAUUACCUUUUUGGCAAGGCCAAACUCCUAAGCAGAGCAUCUGAAUGAUAUGCUUAAGACACAUCACAGUUACUGUUAGUGUGCAGAUUUUUUUUCAAUUAUUCCCCCUUUCUGCUUCAAAAUAAGGGGCUAUUAUGUAAGUUGUACAGAACAGCAGUAUUUGACUUUAUGUCUGUUUUUUUAAAUUGGCCUACCACUAAGAUUAUAUCUAAGGAUUUGAUCAUUUCAGCUUAUUUUUUUCCUUUGUUCUUUUUUGUGAUUGAUAUGUUACAAACCAAGAAAACUGACAUGUUUAAAAUGACAUAAACUAAUUUCACUCAUGAAAUAUACCUUUGUACAUGCUAUUGAAAGCAACUGAAAUAUGCUUAUGUAAGAUUCAGAGCAUUAAAAAUUUCUUAAAUAGCUAAUGUAUCAAAGAGGCAUAGCCUGGCCUUAAUCUGUUUUGAAUGAUUAAUGUGAAAUAUGACUAAGAGUAGACAUUUUUUUUUGAAAAGGUAUGUUGUUGAAGUUAUUUGAUAAAUUGAUAAGAUCAUAAAUCUUGAACUUGAAGAGACCACAAAGGCCAUCUAGAAAAUUUACAUUGAGAAAACUAAUACCUCCCGAAGUUUAACUUGCCCACAGUCACAGUUGGUAUUAGAAAUAGGAUUUGAAUCUUUAUUCUCUUUAAUUCAAAGCCAGUACUUUUUUCACUAUACUGUGCUCUCAACAUCAAGCAAAUACAGCUUGGCACUUAUCCCAAAUUGGCUGUCAGCUGUUGUUUUCUGUCUAAAACACAGUACUCUUACAUUGUGAUUUUGUAUACUCACCAUAGAGGAAAUUGGUCAAUAAUAUUGGGUUUUCCUGUCUUGUGGCCCCUUGUAAACAUACAUAUAAACAUACACAUGCAUAGCAUCUCUUGCUUUGGUGAAACAAAUUGCAGUUUUAGAGGAGGUUUUCUUGUUAACUUUGAUCUUGAUAGUUUGAUUUAAUUUCUUUUUUUUCCAAUUCAAUAAACCUUUAUUUAAAUGCCUAUUAUAUAUAUGUACGUGUGUGUGUGUGUGUGUGUGUGUGUGUGUAUGGCAACAUGCUAGGCAAUGGUAAAACAAUGACAAACAUUGCUAUGCUCAAGGAGUUUAUAUAUAUAAUGUAAGUUCCUUGAGAACAGGAGUAACUAUAUGUCAUAUGCUUUAUAUAUCAUUUGGAUUACCAGUUGGGGAAGAAUUGUAACUUGCAUUUUAAGGGGUUUUUAUUGUUUUAAAAUUACAUUUUAUUGAUGUCUUAUACAAAUCAUUUCUUAACCCUGUCCCAUUUCCACUGAAUCUUCAUUUAUGGCAGGAGAUUAUGAAUUCCCUCUCCACACACCAAAAAACCCUGACAUUGUAACUUUAUCUGACCAUGUAUAUGACAUUGUGCCAUUAAGACGGAGAGACAUUUUGUUUUCUAUCCUCAGAGUUUGAUUUUCUGUUACUAAUCUCAUUUAUGUUGUGAUAAUAGUGAAACAGUGCACAAUAGUGGAAAGAGCACUGACUGAAGUGAGAGGACCCAGGUUCAAAUCCCUUCUCUGAAGCUAACUUUAAGACCUUAAAUUCCUUAAAUGGCUUUCAAUGCCCCUGCCAGCUCUAAAUCUAUUAUUUAAUCAUCUGAAUUAUUGCAUUUAUUAUUCUUUGGUUCUAAUUCUUUCCUUCUCAGCAAAUUCAUACAAAUCAUACCAUACGUUUAGAGCUAAAUAGUAAAGCCUUGGAGUUUGGGAGAGCUAGAGGGUGGAAUUAAACCCAAGUCUUCUCAGUCCUAUCUGCUGCCUCCUGUUUCUACUGCUGCUAUUCUGUAAAAUAUUUGCUAUAAAUAUUUUGGCAUAUACUAUACCUUUGUUUCUGACUUUUGAGUUGGAUCUCUGAGUCAGAGAAUGUGAUUAAUUACUAUUUCUUUCAUAAUAAAUUUACAUCAGAUUGGUUGCACUGAUUCACAA